UUAUAUAUGUAAUUCUGUACUGUAUAUAUUGAGACAUUCAUCCUCUUCGCUGAAAAACCCUACUCUACGGCCGCGGCUGCCCUCUCCGUCUCUCCACAGUUGACGAAGUGCUUUGGGUAGAGCUUUCUUCAUUGUGCAAUGGCUCCUGCUAAAGGUGAUGUUACUAAAAAGGGUGAUCCAAAGGCUCAAGCCUUGAAGGCUGCCAAAGCUGUGAAAUCAGGUCCAGUCUUUAAGAAGAAAGCCAAGAAGAUCCGGACGUCAGUCACAUUUCAUCGGCCAAAGACAUUGAAGAAGGAGAGGAACCCUAAAUAUCCUCGCAUCAGUGCUCCCCCAAGAAAUAAGUUGGAUCAUUACCAGAUUCUCAAAUAUCCCUUGACUACUGAGUCUGCAAUGAAGAAGAUUGAGGACAAUAACACCCUGGUUUUCAUUGUUGACAUCCGUGCUGACAAGAAGAAGAUCAAAGCUGCUGUGAAGAAGAUGUAUGACAUUCAGGCCAAGAAAGUGAACACUUUGAUCAGGCCUGAUGGAACCAAGAAGGCUUAUGUUAGGUUGACACCGGACUAUGACGCGUUAGACGUGGCGAACAAGAUUGGCAUCAUCUAAGAUAUAUAAUUUUAGUACCCCUUAGUCUUAAGCGAUUCAUUCCUUGAUAUGACAGUUUUGUUUGUACGAGGCAUUGUGAUAGGGCGGGCUCCUAUAUCAGUUGUUCAUUUAAAUUUGUAUGGGAAACAAUAUUUUCUAUACGGCUUUUAUGAUUGGAUAUUGAUUAGAAUUUUGGGAAUUAGUCGUGUUUCUGAUUUGCAAUGCAAUUUUUCUUUGCGGAA